AUGAAAAAUGCCACGCAAAAACCUGAUGUUUUACCAAUCUACCUGGUUACAGUAAACAACACAGAUGAUAUCGCAAAGCUGUUGAAAAUCAAAACGAUAGCUUCCUUCAGAAUCAGGUGGGAUCCAUAUAGAAAUAUUAAAAAAGUACCGCAGUGUUUUCGCUGUCAACAAUUCGAACAUGGCAUCACUAACUGUCACAAUCCACCGAAAUGUGUCAAAUGUCCUCUAUCUCAUCUGACCAGCGAAUGUCCAAAUUCAAAAGACAUACCAGCUAUCUGCGCUAACUGCCGAGGACUACAUCCAGCAAGCCACCGACUAUGUCCAAAGUACAUCGAACACCAGAAAAAAGUUGAACAGCACCAACUAAAUCGCAAGAAAACCAAUAACAUAGAUAAAGCAAUCACUCCACAUCAUAACCAGUAUCCGGCACUCCCAAAAAUAAAGACACGACAUGACUCAUAUAUUCCAACGAAAAUGAUUCAUGAUAUACAUAUUCCAACUACGCAAGACAUCAACGUGCAAUCAGCAUGGGCUAAUACAACCACUGGAACGAAGCAAAUAAUACAAAAGCCACAAUGGACUACACACAUCAGCAGUAGUAUAGCUCCAAGAGGUAAUAACAUCGCUAGUGAUGGUAUUAGUGUAAGUGAAAAUGAUAAUAUAGAUAUGCAAAGUAAAACACCUUAUCAUUAUAAUAAAAUCCAACAAGUAUUAGAACUUAAUGAACUAAUAAUAGAAAUAGGUAAACUUAAACAAAUCUGUGAUAUUAAACAAUUGAUUGCUAAUGUAAAAUAA